AUGCCUUGCUCGAUCGACGACGUCAAAAGCAGGAGUGAACACGAGAGACCUUACGAAGUUGCCUUUGUGCUAAAGUGCUCAGGUAUUGCUAUUGCAACCAUUGCCGGGCUGCUAGGUGCAUCUUUCCUAGUGACAGGAUUUUCGUGGGACUUUAUACCUGCAACCUACGGGUUCCAUUUGCUUGUCCCUGAUCUUGCACCAAAUGUUGGUUUAUGGUGGUAUUUUUUUAUCGAGAUAUUCGAUUCCUUCCGGGAGUUCUUUCUCGGUGUUUUCUGGUUGCACUUGGUGGGUUACGUUGGAGGACUGACGAUUCGAUUGCGACGACAACCCUUGUUCGUCGUCACUUCGUUGAUUGGAAUUUUUGCCAUCUUCAAGCCUUAUCCUAGCAUUGCCGAUGUUUCGUUGUACUUUGCGCUUCUGCCCUUGUAUCGGCAUCUGUCACCACUAACGCGAUACACCUUCUUCGCCGCAUCUGCAUUACUCUAUGCCACUCUGUUAGGACCGGCUUUUUAUCAUCUAUGGAUCUAUGCUGGCUCCGGCAAUGCCAAUUUCUUCUAUGCUAUCACGUUGGUAUGGAGUCUAGGGCUCACAAUUCUUGUUGCGGAUCUUAUAUUUGCAGCUCUGCGAGACGAGUGGGAAUAUGAUCACCCAGAGAUGAAGGGAAAAGACGUCAGGCAGAUCUGA